AUGAAUCGAUUGAUUCGUGCCUUUCGUCUAAAACCGGGGACUCUAACAAAAGUUUUUUCGCGCAAUGUGUAUAUGAGCGAUCCCAAUAAACUUGAGCUGGAGCAUCGAUCAGAACCAUUUUGUCCUCUUUCAGGGACAAUCCCUAAGUGGUCGAAGGCAGAGGAGGCUUUCGAGGGUUUGAAGGAUGGUCAGGUAAAUCCAAAUGUACCGGACACUGGUGGAGAUGCAAAUAUUCAUUCAAGCCACUUUGACUACCUAGUAUACGGAAACCAACCACUUCAUGAAACUGAAGAAUAUGAGCCUACAUUUGAAGAACUAAGAGUUGGGAAAACAAUCUCAGAGCAUCUUGUCGAAGAUGGAUCGACGAUUGAGGCUGGACUCGGUUCAAUCCCCCAAAGUAUCUAUCAGCAACUGAGCGAUCAUCGUGAAUUGGGCAUCCACACAGAGAUGUUUUCCAAUGGCCUGGUGGACUUGAUCUCCCUUGGCGUGAUCACCAAUGCACAUAAACGCAUUCGGCCCGGGAAAAUUGUCACUAGUUUUGUGAUCGGAACCAGGAAAGUGUUUGAUUUCGUGGACAAGAACCCAUUGGUCGGUGUCGGUGGCGUUGUAGACUUCAUGCGAGGUGCAGCAAUCAGUCCGGAUGGCAAAGGGAAACCCAUCAUUGGUAUGACCUCAAGAACUUCAGCGGGUGAACCGAAAAUUGUACCCGUACUGAAGCCCGGCACGGGAGUGAUACUUACUCGGGCCCAUGUGCAUUAUGUGGUCACCGAGUACGGAGUCGCUUAUUUAUUUGGCCGAAAUCUGCGUCAAAGAGCCUAUUCCCUGAUUCAAAUUGCACAUCCAGAUGACCGUGAAGCAUUGGAAAGAGCAGCUUAUGAGAACCUCAGAACAAUGCCCUCACCCGACUAA